GGUGUUGCUCGCCGAGGUUCUGUCCGCGCUCUUUUGCGAGGUAAUGCAGGGCAAGCCCGAAUUUGCCGACCCCCUGACUCACAAGCUGAAGCACCACCCCGGACAGAUGGAAGCUGCGGCUGUCAUGGAGUGGGUGCUGGACGGGAGUUCCUUCAUGAAGGCUGCCGCCAAGUUCAAUGAGACCGACCCCCUGCGCAAGCCCAAGCAGGACAGAUACGCGCUGCGAACUUCCCCGCAGUGGCUGGGCCCUCAGGUGGAGGUCAUCCGCAACGCCACCCACGCCAUCGAGCGGGAGAUCAACUCUGUGAACGACAAUCCCAUCAUCGACGCUGCCAGGGGCAUCGCCCUGCACGGCGGCAACUUCCAGGGCACGCCCAUCGGCGUGUCUAUGGACAACACGCGCCUGGCGCUGGCCGCCAUCGCUAAGCUCAUGUUCGCACAAUUCUCCGAACUUGUGAACGACUACUACAACAACGGAUUACCGUCCAAUUUGAGCGGGGGACCCAACCCCAGCCUGGAUUACGGCAUGAAAGGGGCAGAGAUCGCCAUGGCCUCGUACUUAUCUGAGAUUAACUACCUAGCCAACCCGGUCACCACCCAUGUCCAAAGCGCGGAGCAACACAACCAAGAUGUGAACUCACUGGGAUUGGUGUCAGCCCGCAAAACGGAGGAAGCCAUGGAGAUUCUCAAGCUCAUGAGCGCCACCUUCUUGGUAGGCUUGUGCCAGGCUGUCGACCUGCGUCAUGUCGAAGAGACCAUGCAGUCGGCCGUGAAGCAAGUAGUGACACAGGUGGCCAAGAAGACGCUCUUCAUGGGCAGCGACGGAUCACUGCUGCCAUCACGCUUCUGCGAAAAGGAACUACUGAUGGUAGUGGAUCGUCAGCCGGUGUUCAGCUACAUCGACGAUUCCACCAGUGAUUCAUACCCUCUAAUGGAGAAACUGCGAGGGGUGCUGGUGAGCCGUGCCUUGAAGAGUGCCGACAAGGAGACCUCCAACGCAGUGUUUAGGCAGAUUCCAGUGUUCGAGGCAGAGCUGAAGCUGCAGCUGAGCCGUGUGGUGCCCGCGGUGCGAGAAGCAUAUGACACAAAGGGACUAUCCUCGGUUCCCAACAGGAUUCAAGACUGUAGGACGUAUCCAUUAUACAAGCUAGUGCGCGGAGACUUGAAGACGCAGCUCCUGUCCGGGCAGAGGACGGUGUCUCCUGGGCAAGAGAUUGAGAAGGUGUUCAAUGCCAUUUCUGCAGGCCAAUUGGUGGCUCCUUUGUUGGAAUGCGUUCAAGGCUGGACAGGCACACCAGGGCCCUUCCCCGCUCGCGCCUCUUGCUAGUUGACACUGCUUCACCUCCCAAUUUUGUUCCGUUCAUCUUCGUGUGGGUCACAUUGACGUUACAAUUAACUAAUAUUGUACAUUAGUAGGAAGUGCGUCACAUUGACGUUACAAUUAACAUUGUACAUUAGUAGGAGAUUCUUGUGUAAAUGCUUGGAGUUGAGGUUGUGUGGUGCCUUCACCCUUGACCACCUCUGUUAACUCACACAGCUUUUAAAUUGCAAUUGCAAUGCGUAGUUGUGUA